AGAGAAAGAGAGAGAGAGAUGAUGAAGAAGGACGAUGAGGGGGCGAUGAUGAUGAGAUCAUGGAGAACGACAUUUCUGACGGUGAGAGACGAGAUUCAAAACGACGCACCACCCACCAACACCAUCAUUCAUCUCCUCCACACUCUCGUCUUUUCUCACUCCGACUCCCUCCUUUCCGCUGCCCCCUUUCUCCCUCCCCAUGAGGUCACAUCUGAUGCGAUGUUUGUGGUGGAAUUGGGACGGACUAUUUUAAAGUCAAAUUGGGAUGAUCAACUUGUUAUUGUUGAUGCACUGCUCCAUUUAUCCAACUUGAUCCAGAACUUGAGUCGUGCGAUUUCUUUGAAAAUGACAUCUUCAACGUGGAGUCUUGUACUUCAGACCUUUGGAGGAAUGGUGGAACUGUUUCUUGGCACAACUCCAAUGAAGGGAGAUCCUUCAGGAAGUAUUGCUGUCAUUGAGGCCACAAAACAGUGUUUAGAGACUGUUAGGUCACUUGUUGAUGUUAAUCAGAGAACGAUUAUGUUGUCAGACAAUGCGCAACUGCUAGAUUUUCUUCUCAGAACGAUUUCCUUGUCUCAAAAUUUUAAUCAGGGCUACCCUUCUGAAUCACGGAAUAUGAUCCUUGAAAAAAAUAAUUCAUGGGAAAUUCAGACAACUGCUUUUACCAUGAUUAGUGAAAUUUUCUCAAGAGUUGGGAGUUCUGUACCAGUCGACCACUGGCAAUCAACUAUUGAUGCUCUCAGAAAUAUUAUAGAUGUGUUGGCAAGUAAGGGUCUGCUAGUGGAAAGCAAUGUAAUGGAUAGAUUUUAUACCUCACUUCUGCAUUGCCUGCACUUGGUUCUUACAAAUGCAAAAGGAACCCUUCAAGACCAUGUUGCUGGCUUUGUAGCUGCACUUAGGAUGUUCUUUGGCUAUGGACUUAAUAGUAAGUCACCGACUGUCUCACCCAUGGGCGUCUACAAGAAGGAUGUUAGGAUUACAGAUGUUCAAUCUCAGUCAUCUGGAUCCAAUAGUGGUCCCUAUCGGCCGCCUCAUGUGCGUAAAAAGAACCAUUCAACAGAUCAAAACUCCAUGAGCGUAUCGGACAAAGAUUAUAUGUCAUCCGAUUCUGAUUUGAGUGAUAGUGAUGGAUCAGUCAAAGGUGUCAGCAAUUUCAGGAGCUCUAAGGUUAGAGUAGCUGCUAUAGUUUGCAUACAGGAUCUUUGCCGAUCUGAUCCAAAGUCAUUUACUUCCCAAUGGACAAUACUUUUGCCAUCUAGUGAUGUGCUGCAAGCAAGGAGGUAUGAAGCAAACCUUAUGACAUGUUUGCUCUUUGAUCCAUAUCUUAAGGCACGUGUUGCAUCUGCAUCUACUUUGGCAACCAUGCUGGAGGGGCCUGCAUCUGUUUUUCUGCAGGUGGCAGAAUACAAGGAAUCUACUAAGUUGGGAUCAUUCACUGCACUUUCCAGUUCGCUUGGUCAGAUUUUAAUGCAGCUUCACGCUGGUAUCCUGUAUUUAAUAAAAAAUGAAAAAAAUAGUGGGUUCCUCGUUUCCCUAUUCAAGAUUUUCACCCUUUUAAUCUCAUGUACACCAUACUCAAGAAUGCCUGAUGAGUUACUGGCUACAGUAAUUUUAAAUAUUCAUGGGAGGAUUGUUGAGGGUUUUCAUAGCCAUCAUGAUCAAACUGGGCUGCUGGCUGCAUCUCUAGUUUGCUUAACUGAUGCAAUCUCUGUCUCACCCUCUUCACUUAAGGUGAAUGAAAUGUUGGUGGCCGAACUAUCUACAGGUCUUAAUCAUGAGAAUCCAUAUUCUGGUUUUCUGUCUACUUUGUUUUAUUACUCUAAACCAUGUACAAGCCCAGCAGUUAUCCCUGAGGCUCUCCAGGUUCUCAAAGCUGUGGCACACAAUUACCCAAAUAUAAUGGUUUUAUGCUGGAAACAAGUCUCGUCUGUAAUUUCUGAAAUUUUGGAUGCCCCUCUCUCUGGAAGCUCCUCAAGGGCAGGAAGAGUUAAUUCUGGACACACCGUUGGGACAUGUGGAGAGAAAACUAUAACCAGUGCCAUUAAGCUGCUGGAUGAAUGUCUUCGUGCUAUUUCUGGAUUUAAAGGAACGGAAGAUCUUGCUGACGAUAAACUACUUAUCAGUCCUUUUACAUAUGAUUAUGUCAAAGUAAAAACGAUAUCAUCCGCUCCAUCAUAUGGACUAGAGAGUCAACCAGUAGGCAGUGAUGAUCAUCAAGCUUCUACAUCUGGCAGCCAGCAGUGGUGUAUAGCUAUUGAAAACCAGUUAUCAUCAACACUUUUACAUAGUUCAGCCAUGGUGAGGGCUGCAUCAGUUACUUGUUUUGCUGGAAUAACAUCCGGUGUUUUCUUUUCCCUUCCAGAAGAAAAACAAUACCAAAUUAUAACUUAUUCUAUCAAUGCUGCCCUUGAUGAUGAGGUCCCGUCAGUAAGGUCUGCCGCUUGUCGUGCUAUUGGCGUCAUCGCAUGUUUCCCACAAGCAUUGGAAAGUGUGGAGAUCCUUCGCAAGUUUAUCAAUGCAGCUGAGGUCAAUAGCCAUCAUUCUUUAGUCCCGGUUCGCAUUGCAGCCUCCUGGGCUUUAGCCAACUUAUGUGAUUCUCUCCGCCACUCUAUUGACAGAUUUACCUUAGCAAGGUCUUCUGUAGAUUUGAUGGAUUGCUCUAAAAUGGUUUCACUGCUAAUUGAUUGUUCUCUGAGGCUUACAAGGGACGGUGAUAAGAUUAAAGCAAAUGCUGUAAGAGCCCUUGGCAAUCUAUCAAGAUUCGUCCCAUGUUCAAGCCAAGAUGUUUGUGGCAUUCCUGCAACUUCAUCUCUGCAACUAACAUGGGAAGAUCCAUCUUGGUUGGAAAAAAUGGUCCAGGCUUUUCUUUCUUGUGUUACAACUGGAAAUGUGAAGGUACGGUGGAAUGUUUGUCACGCAUUGAGCAACUUAUUUCUUAACGAGACAUUAAAACUGCAAGAUACUGAUUGGGCUCCUUCAGUUUUCAGUAUUCUUUUACUACUGCUACGUGAUUCUUCUAAUUUCAAGAUUAGAAUACAAGCUGCAGCUGCAUUGGCUGCCCCAUCUACAACUUUGGAUUAUGGGAAGUCAUUCUCGGAUGUUGUACAAGGGGUUGAGCACACUUUAGAGAAUCUCGGUUCCGACCAGAUGUUUGCUCCUUCGAGUUUCAAAUAUAGGGUUGCACUUGAGAAGCAGUUAACAUCAACUAUGUUACACGUUCUCGGGCUUGCUUUUUCUGGAACUCAUCAUCACAUUGUACAUGAUUUCCUCGUCAAGAAAGCAUCCUUUCUUGAGGAAUGGCUUAGGUCGUUAUGUUCAUCUGUCGUUAAUCAAUUUGAAGCUGAAAAUGAUUCUACGUGGAACCAAAAGAAAGAGGUAAUUAAUAGAGCGAUAAAGUCACUUGUUAAGGUAUAUGAAGACAAGAAUAAUCACACCAUGGCCACAAGGUUUGACAAACUGGUGAUAGUUUGAAUGGAUGGGUGUUCAUAGAUCGGGUUUUGCUGUAAAUUGCAAGUCCUUGUAUGGUUCUUAUAAACAAAUCUGUGUUCAAUUUAAGGGACAAGUACAUUAUAUUGUAUCAAA